AGAUCUCUUCUCGACCUCUUUUCUCCCUUUUUGUCUUUUCUUUUCCCUGUUUCGAUCCUGGCUGUGGUUGACCGUGUGGGCAGUCCAUCUUUUUUUUCUCUCUCAUUUUGCAAUUAAUCAUCUCGCAGGCGAGGAAUUGCUGGGCAAUUGAAACAAGAUUCGAAUUCGAUCCGAUCCCCCUUCCACUCGCCCAACGCUCACUCCCUAGACACGACUUACACGCAUAUUCGGCCAAAAGCACCCGCUGCAACAGACGCCGCAGGAGAACCCGGAGCGGUAAAUCGGGCACAAUGGGCAACAAUCUUUCAUCGACCUUUGUUCCCGACACCUCCAAGGUCGUCCUCAACGUGCCGGACCGCAACGCCGACAUUCUUCUCGGCAUCAUCUGGCUGCUCGUUCUCUAUGUCUGCGCCAUGAUCUUCAGCACCUGCGCGCUCGUUGACCGCUGGAAGGGCCCGGCCGAUAAGAUACGAGUCGGAGCGGGUUCGGUCAUGGGGGCCGCGCUACUGUCGACAGCGUGGCCGGUCGUCACAGUGUAUCUACUUUUUGCGAAGUGAAUAAUGGG